UGUCUAUUUUCAGUAUCCUGACGGCCAAAAUUGUAGUGAUAAUCUCGUGCACACCAUUGUGAUGAACGCGGCGUGGCAGAUUGGGCCUACCAACGAUAGCUGCGAUUGUGAUUUCGUGGAGUGUGAGGAGUGUUUGAAGCUUGGUCUAUCGGAUCCUUCAACACCCGAAGCCGAAGAUGAAAGACCGCCCGGAAGUCGUCAAGUUAUUCUUGUUGGAGUUUGUGCCAUGGAGAAGAAGUCAAGAAGUCGUCCGAUGUCGGAGAUACUUUCGAGGCUAGAAGAGCGUUUCGAAUACAUUAAACCGGUCAUCUUUGAGGAGAGUGUCAUUCUCAACGUGAGUGACAUACGCCGAAUGUCCGAGUGAUACGAAUUACUCAAGCUUUUUUCUUCGUUUUUGCAUUGAAGGAACCCGUCGAAAAUUGGCCAGAAGUGGAUUGUCUCAUCUCAUUUCAUAGCAAAGGGUUUCCGUUGGAUAAGGCCAUAGCUUACGCAGAACUCCGGAAACCAUUUGUUAUUAACAACCUUCUGUCCCAGUACGAUCUCCAAGACCGAAGGAAAGUAUAUCGUAUUUUGCAACGAGAAGGUAUCGAACUGCCCCGCUUCGCAGUACUAGAUCGGGAUAAUCCAGUGGGCGAAGGAGCAGAUUUGGUGGAAACCGAUGAUAGUGUUGAAGUGAAUGGAAAUAUUUUCAACAAGCCAUUCGUCGAGAAACCUGUAUCAGCGGAGGAUCAUAACAUAUACAUAUAUUAUCCGACGUCUGCGGGUGGUGGAUCGCAAAGACUUUUUCGGAAGAUACAUAACAGAAGCAGCGUUUACAGCUCCGAAUCUCGCGUUCGGAAAGCUGGCUCUUUCAUUUAUGAAGAAUUCAUGCCGACUGAUGGAACAGAUGUAAAGGUUUACACAGUUGGGCUUGAUUAUGCUCACGCAGAAGCCCGGAAAUCGCCCGCUUUAGAUGGUAAAGUGGAGCGCGAUUCGGAAGGAAAAGAAGUCCGAUAUCCUGUGAUUCUUUCGAAUGCUGAAAAAUUAAUUGCUCGUCGAGUCUGCCAAAGCUUUAAUCAAAUGGUUUGCGGGUUUGACCUUCUCAGGGCUGACGGGAAGUCGUACGUCUGUGAUGUGAACGGCUUCAGUUUCGUGAAAAACAGCUCCAAGUAUUACGAUGACUGUGCCCAAAUCCUAGGCCACAUGGUGUUGCGAGAACUCAGUCCUCAAAUGCAUAUCCCGUACACAGCACCGUACCAACUCGAAGAUCCACCUUUUGCACCCACUACGUUCGGUAAAAUGAUGGAGCUGCGCUGCGUGUGUGCAGUUAUACGACAUGGUGACCGGACGCCGAAGCAGAAGAUGAAGAUGGAAGUACGGCAUCAGAAGUUUUUCGAUAUUUUUGCUAAAUACGGAGGAUGGCAGCAAGGACACGUGAAGCUGAAACACCCCAAGCAGCUUCAAGAAAUUUUGGAUACGGCGAGGGAACUCCUUGCAGACCCUAACUGGAGGAACCCAAAAAUGGAGCAGCUCCGUUCAGUUCUAGAGAUGUACGGUCAUUUCUCUGGUAUUAAUCGUAAGGUUCAAAUGAAGUAUAAAUCUCGUGACAUGACGCCUCCACCGAGUUUAGAUUCUUCGGAUACGGAAUGGGAUUCCGGGUUCUCAACGUGGCAAGUUGGAGCCAAUGCAGAUGGUGGCUCUUUACCAUCAUCAGUGACUACAGCACCUGCUUUUCCACCGUCGUUCUCACGAAGACCAAGCGAAGAUUCGUAUUUGGUUCUCAUUUUGAAAUGGGGAGGAGAGUUGACUCCUGCUGGUAGAGUUCAGGCUGAAGAACUCGGUCGGGUUUUCCGUUGCAUGUACCCUGGAGGUCAAGGCGAGCAUGCGGGGGAAGGGCUUGGGCUCCUGCGACUGCAUUCCACCUAUCGCCAUGAUCUGAAAAUCUACGCUUCCGACGAGGGUCGAGUGCAGAUGACGGCUGCUGCGUUCGCAAAGGGUCUGCUUGCCCUGGAGGGUGAGCUCACGCCUAUCCUCGUCCAGAUGAAAAUGUUGCUACAAUCGCGGUGCAUGGCCUGUUCUUUGUCUUUCAGAGCUAAGGCGAGACUAUACGAAAUGCUGCAAGUGGAUCGAGUGCUUUCAAGAGAGGAACGCGCCAGGAUGAACCCUACAGGAGACCUGAGUUUAUCGGCAGCGUUGCAGAUAAUUGGCAACCCUGCGGAAACGUGCAGAAAAAUCCAUGGAUACAUCAGAUUAUUGAUUACCCUGGCGACGAACAAAUCACUAGAUCCCAGAACGCGAGAUGUCACCUUGUACUUGGGUGAAACAUGGGCUUGGAUGCUUAAUCGGUGGAGCAAGUUAGACAAGGACUUCUUUACCAAAGAAGGAAAAUACGAUAUUUCGAAAAUCCCAGACAUAUACGACUGCGUCAAGUACGAUCUUCAGCACAAUCAGUACACGAUUCAAUUUCCGCAAACUCCCGAACUUUAUACGCUGGCCAAAGCUAUGGCUGACGUUGUGAUUCCGCAAGAAUAUGGAUUGACUGCUCAAGAAAAGCUUACGAUUGGUCAAGGAAUUUGCGCACCGUUGUUGCGCAAGUUGAGAGCAGACAUGCAGCGGAAUUUAAUGGAGGAAAAUGAAGAAGCCGAGUCGGUGAAUAGACUUCAUCCGCAUUAUUCUCGCGGAGUCAGCAGUCCCAGCAGACAUGUUCGAACGCGACUGUACUUCACUUCCGAAUCGCAUAUCCACAGCCUAGUUUCUAUUUUGCGCUAUGGGUGUCUGGUUGAUGAGUCCGAAGAUAAGCAGUGGAACAGAGCUAUGGAAUAUGUCGGAGCGGUAUCUGAACUCAGCUAUCUCAGCCAGUUGGUAAUCAUGCUCUAUGAAGACCCUACCAAAGAGCCAGAAUCCGAUGAGAGAUUCCACGUGGAGGUACACUUCAGUCCAGGAGUUAAUUGUUGUGUGGGUAAAGAACUCCCUCCGGGGCCAGGAUUUCGACCACAAGCCUGCGAUUCUGGAAGCAAGUCCCCUCCUUUGAAUCGCCGUCGUGAUCCCGAUGUGAUUGUCGAAGAAAGCAGCAUUGGGGAGGAUCGCAAUGGAAAAAGCGACGAUGAGAAAGAAAUCGAUCGGGUUGAUUCUCCGAACUUAUCUCGUUCCGUAGGUUUUAAUCCGGACAGUUCUGACACCUCGAGCGCUUCCGCGGCCGACCGUUUGCCUGAUAGCAGCGAGAAGGAAGGCUGGCCGUCUAGCGAAGAAGUUUUCCUACGUCCCAAAGUGGUGCGUGGUAGUUCAGAUCCCACCUCGAACACCCCGUUGCAUCUACACUCGCCAUGUGUUUCAAUGAGAACAUCAAGAGCCUCUGGGGCGCAUGGACAGUGUAAACAAACGUUGGAUUUGAUGGCGCAAGAAACUGCGUGCCGAAUUCCCCGUUCAUCCUCCGUCAGUGAGUCCACUAGAGGCACAGGACCGGCAAACUCGCCGCAGAGUCGGAAGCACAGGCACUCAUUCGAAUCAACUCGAUCGAGUCCGAGUUUUCUGAAGCCCACGAUGAGCAAUCGCAGUCUUCUCGGAUCUUCCAAUACGGUGUCCAUGUUUUCAACUGCUGUGAUUUCCGGUAAUAUUAAAUUGAACGACGAGGAGCAAGACUCGGCCGAGGACGGCCCUAUUGCAGUUCGUGCGUGUGGUGGUGUGCCUGGAAUACGACCGCUGGAAACGCUGCAUAAUUCUCUGAGCCUGAAGCAGCUCGAUGGAUUCUUGGAGCGACUGACCACACCAUCCCGGUCUUCCAGCAUGAAGGGUAUUUAUAGUCCGUCCUGA